AACGGUAGCAUCGCCAUCUUCUAGAAAAGGCGAGAGCUCUCCGUUUUCAUUUGGAGUUACCCGUCCACUUCUGGGGAGAGUGCGCGUUGACUGCAACCUAUCUCAUGAAUAGGCUGCCCCCUAGUGUUCUUGGUAAUCAGACACCGUUUGAGGUUUUGCUGGGUUGUGCCCCUUCUUAUCACCAUCUGCGGAAUUUUGAAUGCCUUGUUUACACCAAUGAUACUAGCUCGGGUCUUGAUAAGUUUGUCGAAAGGGGGAGAAUUGGUGUAUUUGUUAGAUAUCCCGUGGCUCAUAAGGGUUACAUGGUUUUUUUUUAUCUCAAGGCACGCAAGGUUAUUACUUCGCACGACGUUCGUUUCGUUGAGGACAGUUUCCCCUACCGUGAGCGCCAGCUUGGCUUGCAUGAUCCCACGACUGCUGCUCCCCGCAACGUUCCAUGCGGAUCUCAUGCUGGGCAUGACCCUUUUGAGCUCCCUGAUUAUCCACACGUCGAUAAUGAGGUACAUACCUUGCAUGAUGAUGCUGAUGAAGACUCACUCCAGCCGGCAACCGAUACUCUGGCUCCUGACCAACUGAUUCAUCCUAGUGAACCUAUAGUGUGUCGCGUCCUUCGUGAACGUCGCCCACCAUGACACUUGGUGGACCUGUAUGACACUUGAAAAACAUGAUAUGAACUAGUUAGAAAUAAUGAGCAAAAUAUCAUUCCAACAUAAUGUAUACUAAAUAUGCUUGCAAUCAAUUCAUCGUGGAAAAUUUACUAUACUUCUGUUUUAAUAUGCAUAUUAAUCACAUGUAUCAAAUAUAGUACAAAUUUUAGAAUAUCUAAUUUAUAUUUAAUUGUAGAGUUUAAGUUUGAGGUUCAACCAUUUAGAAUUAUAAACGAGGUGAGCUCAUUAAUGAGCCGAGAUCAAGUCACCUCGAGCCGAGCUUGAGCAAAAAUUUUACUAAACGAGUCGAGCUAAAGCUCGACUCAUUUUUUAAUGAGCUGAGCCUAAGCUAGGCCAAAACUUGGUUCAACUCCCUAUUCAUAAUAGAGUUGGGUAGUAACCACACAAUUAUCACUUAGUACAAUACGACCACUAAAGAUUAAUUUUACAAAUUUCAAUAAAAUACGUUUGGACGUAUAACAAAGUGAUCAUUCCUUCAAUUUCCGUCCAAAAUUCGCUAACUGAGCACAGUCAGCACGUCAUGUCAACAAAAUAUAAUAAAAAAUUCAAAUAAACCAACUAACUAAACCUCACCGAACCACAUUCUACUCGCGCUACCUAAAAAUUGUUGGAGACAGACUUGUAUCUGUCACGAGGAAGGGGGGUUUAGGAUAGGGUGAGUAACCAUUGGUUACUAACUUAUGAGUAACUAAAUCUUGACCUUUAGAUCUAAGUGGGUCCAGAAAAUCCAGAUCUAAGGGUUGUCAAUUAAAAAUAUUUUAUUGUCCCUAGUUUUCAUAAUCGGCUCUUAUCUUCUUUGUUCGAACUCGGAUUUCAAAUUUUUUUUGCACACAUGGAACAAGUUUGUUGUGCUCUACAAAAAAUGAGAUCAAUUUUCAAUAUAUUUUGAGAAGCUUUUUUUUUACCAACUACAUACCAUAUGAUAACUUCUUCGUUUUUAAGUCGUUUUUGAAAACGUUUGCUCAGAAAGAACGAGUUCAUCAUGAUCUAUUUGAUCUACAAAUUUCUGGGUGAAAAAAAUACUAGACCAAAAAUUACCAUACUUUAGCACUAUGGAAUGUGGGUGGUAACUUAUGGUAAACAAUGAUGAAAGUCGUAAAUGACAGUUAGUAUACUCCUACUAUGAUGUAUUCAACUUUCUUACCAUAUGGUAUUUAUUAAAUAUGAGCAUACCAUAUGGUAAUGACUGGUAAAAAUUUAUUCUUUUUUUUGUACUAAAAAUAUAUCAAAGUGGAUAUCAACUUAAAAAGCACAUUUAAUCCGAUUUAUCUGUGCAGAAAAAUUUAAAUUUCGACUUAAAACGAGAGAGAAAUCGUCCAUUAAAGAUUAAAGGGAAUGUGGACAGGUUGAUGUCAUGCGGAUGUGGACAGGUUACUGAUGAUUACUCACCAUAUGAGUUACUGACCUGAUCCGCUCACCAGCCUUCUGGAAAUCUGACCUUUCCUAUGAGUUGUGCGGUUUGGAUUUUUGGCAGUUUAAUAAUCUAAACAAACCGACCCAAUGGACAUCAAACCGACAGGGUCUGAAUUUUCACGGGUGGGUGUGGGUUAAAUUUUUUUAAAACUGACAAACACAGGUUGGGUGGUCACAGUAGUCCAAAAUCAACCCACCCGACCCAUGUUCAUCCCUACUUGUUUUAGGUGGUCAGAGGGAGUCUAACGGAGAAAAUCUGGUCGGAAGGAGUUUGUCGGUGGGAGUAUGACCGGAAGGAGUCUACAGGGAGAAGGCAAAAAAAAAAUUGGGAAAGGAAAGACAGGACAUAGGGACAGAGAAAUGUUUCAAAAAAAAUGUAAUUGAUAUGGGUUUUUAAUUUAAAAAAAUUAUUAAAUACAACACAAAUUUAAUACCCACAAUAAUUAUAAUUAAUAGAUCGUGUCAUUUUUCCAAUCCGUUAGAGAGUAGUCAAGCAAACUCAACCCUGGAGAUCCCAUGUAAAACCAAUAAGAUAUCAUCUACUGAAGGUUCAUAGGAAAUCUGGAAAAAAAUGCACUAACUACCUCAUCAAGACCCGUGACAAACACCAAAAAGAUUAGCCUAGUUGCCCCCAAAAAAAAGUCAUACUUUCCCUCCUUACUCCUCUUCCAACCCUUAUCCCUAAGUCGUGCCUCCAACAACAACCAUCCAUAUCCAAUUUUGUAGUUAUACAAACAUGGAGGUAUUGUAUUGUAACAUUAACCUAGACCGUUAUAAUGCAAUAAUAAAUGAGGAAUUUUACCAUGCUUUAAAGCAUGGGCAAAAUUUGGCUGCUGGCUGGGUUGUAGCUCUCCGCUGCUACCCAGCCACGUGGCUCCAUGUGAUUGGUUCAAGUAUUAAUUAAUUAUUAGGAGGAUGCUGAUUUUUGACGGAGGGCUUUUGGACGCGUUUUCUUUGACGGACCAUGACGGAGGAGCUGACCGUUUUCUUUCAAGGUAAUCACUUGGCUUUAUUUUUUAUUUUAUUUAUAUUAUUGUUAUCAAUUGUUAUCAAUUAAAGUGGGAAUAUUAUUAAAAAAUGUAUUUUUCCUUUAGGGUUUUUUUGCGCAUACGAUCCUCACUCAAUCGCCAACAUCUGCAACUAGGAAAAGGGUCUCUUCUACUACUCCGACUGCCUCAUCGCUAACGCUAGCUUCUCCGUGCUCCGGCAACCUUGCAAUUAAGUUGUAAAGGUAAUAUCGGUUCCCACCACUGUAUUCUUUGGAUUUUAGGAUUUUAGCAAAACUAAUCAAACCAAAACAUGAUGGCUUUCCUUUGAUAUGAGCUGCUUUUGUAUUGCUGUACAGAGAGAUCACCACAACCAAUAUAUAUGAAAUAUGAAACUUUUCCUUUCUUUGUAUAUAUGCUACGAAACAGGCUGUUAGUUCAUUAGGUUACUGACAAUUCAAUUUGCUAUCUUACAGGUUUGUGCUAUACAUGUCUAUUUUAUGAAACUUGAAUGCUCUGCAAAGAGGAACACAUAUAUGGCUUUGUUAAAUUUAUAGAAAUUAUUUUCUAAUACACUUUCACUUUUCUCUCUGCCAAUUUUGGGUGUCUAUGUAUAUCACUAUUAAUCAAAAUCAAAUCUCCUUUGCUCUUUUAAAUUCUUUUCUCCAGGUACAAAUCAUAUGAGUUCUCAAACAAGUGUUGGAAAAGUUGAGGUGCCAUGUAUAGGUAUGAAGUUCGAUGGGGAUGAUAAUGCUUAUGAAUUUUAUAAAGCAUAUGCCCAUAGUGUUGGUUUCAGUGUAAGGAAGGACUAUAUAAAGCGAAAUCAAGCAGGCCAAGUGAAGAGAAGAAUAUUUUGUUGUUCUAAAGAAGGCAAAAAAGGUUUUGAUAAAAGGCGCGAGCAUGUGGCUUUUGAGAGACCAAUUUCAAGAAUUGGAUGUUUAGCACAGAUGACAUGUCAACUAAAAAAUGAUGGCUUGCUAGAGGUUGUUUCUUUUGAAGCAGAUCAUAACCAUGAACUCGCCCCCACUCCGAUGAAGCACAUGUUGAGAUCCAACAGAAAGAUAAGUAAUGCUCAAAAAGCUAUUGCAGAUGAUGCUGAGAGAGCUGGGUUACCAAUCAAGGCAACUAUUGAUUUACUAGCAAUACAGAAUGGAGGUCGUGAACACAACGGGUUUCUAGAUUCAGACUAUAGAAAUUAUAUUGCUACACAAAGAAGGGUUACAAUGAUUAAGGGAGAUGGUCCGGAAAUUAUGGAUUAUUUUCAUAAAGCACAAUUAGAGGAUCCAUCAUUUUUUUAUGCAGUGCAGCUUGAUGAUGAUGAUUUUAUCAUGAAUAUGUUUUGGAUUGAUGGCAGGUCAAUCAUUGACUACAAGUACUUUGGAGAUGUUAUAUGUUUUGAUACCACUUAUAGAACUAACGAAUAUGGUCGACCUUUUGCUCCAUUUGUUGGAGUCAAUCAUCUGAAGCAGACAGUGAUUUUUGGGGCAGCUUUACUUUAUGAUGAAACAAUCACAUCCUUCAAGUGGUUGUUUGAAGCGUUUUUGGGGGCAAUGGAUGGAAAGCAACCUAAGACCAUAUUGACAGAUCAAUCAGCUGCAAUGGCCAAAGCAAUUGAAGAGGUAUUUACUGAAACUCAUCAUCGUUUAUGUGUUUGGCAUAUUUAUCAAAAUGCUACUAAACACUUGAGCCAUGUGUUUCACGGAUCCGACCAAUUCUCUAGUGAUUUUAGUUCAUGUAUAUAUGAUUAUGAAGAUGAAGAUGAAUGGCUUAAAGCUUGGGAUGCUAUGCUUAACAAGUAUGAUCUGGGGAACAAUGAAUAGUUGCAUGGGAU